UGUCAUGUUUAUAGUACCUAAAGAAUUUAAUUACUCAUUUUAUUUAUAGUUUUUUGUUAACAAAACAUGUUGUUGACAAUAAAUCAUAAAUGAGCUUUUUCAACCUUAAUUUCUGUAUAGCUGCUUUAAACGUUCAAAAUUUCGCUUCCCUUUGUACUCGAUAUCACAACAAUUAAAAUUCGAUUCAUUCGCGUUUACAAAUCAAACGCUACAUGAAAAUAUUUACAUGUUAUCGAAAUGCUUCAUUAUUAUUGAAACGGGCUACCGUCGUUCCUAGAACUAUUGUAAUAUACCUUUUUUCUAGAACUGGCUAAAGUUUGAAAUUUGACAAUAGAAAUAGAUUCAAAAAUGUUAAGCUCUAGAUUAUCAACACCUCGCUAUGAGAAACUGAACAAAGAAGUUCAGAAAGUGCCCGGUGAAUGGAAGAAGAAAGUGAAAUCGGAAUAUAUGAAAUUAAGACAACUGAAGAGAUUUAGAAGAAAUGAUGAAAUCAAAUCUGCUUACUUGGCAAACAGGAGAUACAUAUCAGAAAAAGUUGUUCUUAUGGAAAACUAUUAUCAAGAAACAAAUGCUAUUUCCAUGUUCCCUACCGAUUUGCCAGAUCAUCACCCUGUUAUGAAAAAGUGUGAAGUCAAGCAACCUGAUAGUGUUAUUCAAUCAACUCCUCUACGUGUUAUGUAUGCUGUGACUCCCAUUCCUACCAUGUAUACCUGGGCACCAAUUCAGCAAAAUUUUAUGGUUGAAGAUGAAACUGUAUUGCACAACAUUCCAUACAUGGGUGAUGAAGUGCUGGAUCAAGAUGGAUCAUUCAUUGAGGAGUUGUUGAAGAAUUAUGAUGGAAAGGUUCAUGGUGACAGGGAGUGUGGGUUCAUAAAUGACGAUAUCUUUGUUGAUUUAGUUCAGACGUUGUCCAGCCAGGUGGAUUCGAAAGCCAUAAAAAUUGACACAGAGGAGAAUAGUGAAAAGAAUUCUCCAAAGACCAACAAGAAAUGUGGGCGUACCUAUCCUCCUAACUCGCCAGCUGCUGCUCACCAUGAUAAACCCCCUAUUCCUGAGCAGUAUGACAUAAUUUUUGCAGCUAUUUCAGCUGUAUUUCCUGACAAAGGUGCACCUGAACAAUUAAAGCAAAGGUACCGUGAAUUGGUUGAUAAAAAAGAACCAAUUAUUUCUCUUCCUGAAUGUACACCUAAUAUGGAUGGACCUGGUGCCCAGUCUGUGGCUAGGGAACAAAGCAUGCACUCUUUUCAUACAUUGUUCUGCAGAAGAUGCUUCAAAUACGAUUGUUUUCUUCAUCAUAUGGUCCAACUGAGCAACUGAAGUUUGUUGGAAUUGAAAGAGAAUGUGAAUUUCCUUAAAUAUAUCACAUUAUCCUCACAAAGGUUGUAAUAUUCAUUCAUGGCAUAUGGUUUAAAAUGUUACAAUCUUGUUCAUUCAAGUUCAUUAGUGUCUUGCAAAUAAUCAAAAACACUCACAAUUAUCAUUCACUCAUGAAUUUAAAAUAUUUAUUUAUCCACUAAAAUUGGCCAUUUCAUACUCCUCCCUUUUGUUGAUCUGGUAAUCAACAUCGCAUGUUAUGUUGUUUGACAAAAGUACCUAUUCUUCUGCGUAUGUUUUCCUUCAUUUCAUAGUCUGGCAAUUUUGAGGUGUGUAAAGGACUUUUUAAAACAUAUUAGUGUUGUGUCACUAUUGUCUUGUAAUUGAAUUGAACAAAUAAUUUUGUAGAUGGAUAAAUGUUGCAUGUUAUUGUAAGUUUUAUAUUAACAGUAGCAUCUUUUUAAUAAAA